AGAGUUCGGGGCCAGUCGCCCUCCAUCCGGCGUCGCGUCUUGGUUCGCGGCGGCCUGGGAUCCGGCGUUAGGACGGCCUGGGCGGACAAGGCAGAGACAGAGUUGGUCGGUGUGGCAGGUGAAGGGCGCGGGGCCGGGCACGGCUGCGGGAGUUGGCCAGGCGGGCCGUGGACACGUCGGAGCCCAGGACUGACUCUCGAGCUAGCCGCAGGCGCGAUGAAGGCACUGAUCUUGGUGGGCGGCUAUGGGACGCGCCUGCGGCCGCUGACACUAAGCAUCCCGAAGCCACUGGUGGACUUCUGCAAUAAACCCAUCUUGCUGCACCAAGUGGAGGCGCUGGCCGCGGCCGGCGUGGACCACGUGAUUCUGGCUGUGAGCUACAUGUCUCAGGUGCUGGAGAAGGAAAUGAAGGCUCAGGAGCAAAGGCUAGGAAUCCGAAUCUCCAUGUCCCAUGAAGAGGAGCCUUUGGGGACAGCUGGGCCCCUAGCACUAGCUCGUGACCUGCUCUCUGAAACUGCAGACCCUUUCUUCGUCCUCAAUAGUGAUGUGAUCUGCGAUUUCCCCUUCCAAGCCAUGGUGCAGUUCCACCAGCACCAUGGCCAGGAGGGCUCCAUCCUGGUGACCAAAGUGGAGGAGCCCUCUAAGUACGGUGUGGUGGUAUGUGAGGCUGACACAGGCCGUAUUCACCGGUUCGUGGAGAAGCCGCAGGUGUUUGUGUCCAACAAGAUCAACGCAGGCAUGUACAUCCUGAGCCCUGCAGUGCUGCGGCGCAUCCAGCUGCAGCCUACGUCCAUUGAGAAGGAGAUCUUCCCCGUCAUGGCCAAGGAGGGGCAGCUAUAUGCCAUGGAGCUGCAGGGCUUCUGGAUGGACAUUGGGCAGCCCAAGGAUUUCCUCACUGGCAUGUGCCUCUUCCUACAGUCACUGCGACAGAAGCAGCCUGAGCAACUGUGCUCAGGCCCUGGCAUUGUGGGCAACGUGCUGGUGGACCCAAGUGCCCGCAUUGGCCAGAACUGCAGCAUUGGCCCCAACGUGAGCCUGGGUCCUGGUGUGGUGGUGGAGGAUGGUGUGUGUAUCCGGCGGUGCACAGUGCUGCGAGACGCCCACAUUCACUCCCACUCCUGGCUCGAGUCCUGCAUUGUGGGCUGGCGCUGCCGCGUUGGCCAGUGGGUGCGCAUGGAGAAUGUGACAGUGCUGGGGGAGGACGUCAUAGUUAAUGACGAGCUCUACCUCAACGGGGCCAGCGUUCUGCCCCACAAGUCUAUUGGCGAGUCGGUUCCGGAGCCUCGAAUCAUCAUGUAAAGGGAUGCCAUGGGGCUGGGUGAGCCCUUAUUUCCCCAUUGACAAGGGGAGCACUGGCCUGACACAUCAGAAGGCACUGGACUUAUUGCCAUUUGUCUGGGGAAGACUGGACAGGGCUGAAGUUGUUGGACACUUGCCUUCUCCUGUGGACAUAAUCUGGCAGGAUCCUUGCUAGGUACCCCCACAAAGCCCACUCCUUCAAGAAGGGCCGGGCCAAGGCUGUAUGGAAUAAUAAUUUAAUGCUCACUGUG